AUGACCACCAUGUUGAAAUCCAGAUCCCCAGUCCAGCAGAGGAGCAGCCAUAAUGGCCAGGAGACCAGCCUGUGGUCCUCAGGUUUUGGGAUGAAGCUGGAGGCUGUCACCCCAUUUCUAGGGAAGUAUCGUCCUUUUGUGGGUCGCUGCUGCCAGACCUGCACCCCCAAGAGCUGGGAGUCCCUCUUCCACAGAAGCAUAAUGGAUUUGGGCUUCUGCAACGUGAUCCUAGUGAAGGAGGAGAACACCAGGUUUCGAGGCUGGCUGGUUCGCAGGCUCUGCUAUUUCCUGUGGUCCCUAGAGCAGCACAUCCCCCCCUGCCAGGAUGCCUCACAGAAGAUCAUGGAAAGCAGUGGGGUACAGAACCUCCUCUCAGGGAGGGCACCGGGAGGGGCCGGGGAAGGCCAGACGCCAGACCUUGUGGAGAAGGAGGUUCAGCGCAUCCUGGGCCAUAUCCAGGCUCCACCCCGACCCUUCCUACUCAGGCUGUUCAGCUGGUUGCUGCUGCGGGUCCUGAACUGCCUCUUCCUGAACGUCCAGCUCCACAAGGGCCAGAUGAAGAUGGUCCAUAAGGCCGCCCAGGCGGGGUCUCCGCUGGUCUUCCUCUCUACUCACAAGUCGAUCCUGGAUGGAAUCUUGCUGCCUUUUGUGCUGCUCUCCCAGGGCCUGGGUGUGCUCCGUGUGGCUUGGGACUCCCGUGCCUGCUCUCCUGCUCUCAGAGCCCUGCUGAGGAAUCUUGGGGGGCUUUUCUUGCCCCCAGAGGCCAACCUCUCUCUAGACAGUUCCAAAGGGGUCCUUGCAAGGGCUGUGAUCCAUGCGGCCUCCAGCCCCCUGGGGCUGUGGAGGGGAGCUUUGGCUGUCCUGCAGAGACUGCGCAGCUCCUGGGGCUGCCUCCAUAGGGUCUGUGUCCGGGUGCACCUUGCCCAGCCCUUCUCCCUGCAGGAGUACACCAUCAAUGCCAGGAGCUGUUGGAGCGGCAGGCAGACCCUGGAGCACCUGCUGCAGCCCGUCGUGCUGGGCCAGUGCACUGUUGUCCCAGACACAGAGAAGGAACAGGAGUGGACCCCAACAACUGGUCCCCUCCUGGCCUUCAAGGAAGAGGACCAGCUCCUUGUCAGGCGACUGAGCCGGCACAUCCUGCAUGCCAGUGUGGCCAGCUCGGCAGUGAUGAGCACAGCCAUCAUGGCGACACUGCUGCUGUUCAAGCACCAGAAGGGUGUGGUCCUGUCACAACUCCUGGGGGAGUUCUCCUGGCUGACAGAGGAGACGCUGCUGCGUGGCUUUGACGUGGGCUUCUCAGGGCAGCUGCGGUGCUUGGUGCAACACACACUGAGCCUGCUUCGGGCACACGUGAUCCUGCUGCGCAUCCACCGCGGGGACUUGGUGGUGAUGCCACGGCCUGGCCCAGGCCUCACGUACCUGGCUCGCCUGAGUGCAGAGCUGCUGCCUGCCUUUCUGAGCGAGGCUGUGGGUGCCUGUGCUGUGCGUGGGCUGCUGGCAGGCAGAGUGCCACCUGAGGGGCCCUGGGAACUUCAGGGUAUAGAGCUGCUAAGCCAGAGCGAACUCCACCGCCAGAUCCUGCUGCUGCUGCACCUGUUGCCGCAGGACCUGUUGCUGCUGCAGCCCUGCCAGUCUUCCUACUGUUACUGUCAGGAAGUGCUGGACCGGCUCAUUCAGUGUGGGCUCCUGGUCGCUGAGGAGACCCCAGGCUCUCGGCCAGCCUGUGACACGGGGCGUCAGCGUUUGAGUGCAAAGCUGCUGUGGAAACCGAGUGGGGACUUUACUGACAGUGACAGUGAUGACUUUGAGGAGGCAGAGGGCCGGUACUUCAGGCUCAGCCAGCAGUCACGCUGCCCCGACUUCUUCCUUUUCCUCUGCCGCCUGCUCAGUCCACUGCUCAAGGCCUUUGCACAGGCUGCCGUCUUCCUCCGCCAGGGACAACUGCCAGAUACCGAGGCAGGCUAUACAGAGCAGUUGUUCCAGUUCUUUCAGGUCACGGCCCAGGAAGAGGGAAUCUUUGAGUAUGUGGACCCAAACCUCGCCAUCAGUGCUGUCUGGACCUUCAGAGACCUGGGGGUGCUGCAGCAGACACCCAGCCCUGCAGGCCCCCAGCUUCACCUGUCCCCUACAUUUGCCAGCCGGGACAAUCAGGACAAGUUGGAGCAAUUCAUCCGACAAUUCAUCUGCAGUUAGAGCCAUGAGGCAGAGCCUGAUCUCAAAGUGCCUCAACCCAGCUGUGUCCUCGAGACAGAAGACAGGAGGCUGUAGACCCCU